ACAAUUACCAGCUAUGUUUGGAUACGCAUGUUUGACCUUGAGGUUCAGGUUCGAAGGCUUGACUUCGUUUUUCAGUGAUUGAAUUACUGGAUAUAGCAUUAACUCAGUAUCCAUAUAAUGGACAGUUUAAAUACAAGAAGUCUUGAUGACUAUCGUGUGAAUGCUUGUGAUGCCAUCCAAUUCAAACUAGUUAGGGACAAGGAAACUGUCGAUUCAGUAGAUACAUUCAAUCCUGAGUUCACUCACCAAAUAUUUGGUGAAAGUGAACAGAUAUUCGGAUAUCGUGAUCUCAAAGUUGGCAUAUUUUACACAGCAGACUUUCUAUCAACAUAUAUAGAUAUUUCUUAUACAUCAAAAGUUGAUCCUCAACUAUCCAAAGGUGUUAUGCCUGACGAUAUUAUGCACAUAUUAUCUGAUGUUUAUCCAUAUAACAUCAGUAAGAACCUGAAUGAUUUUUUGAAAAACUUCGAUGAAAAGUUUACUUUCACUCCAUACGGAGUUAACAGAUACAGUUAUCAAAUUAUGAAAGAUAAAUGUCCAAAAAAGUUUUCUGUUUUUUUUAUCGAGCAUGGUAUGCCUGGAUUUGAGAAAUUCCUUGAAUAUCAUAAACGGAUGGAAUCUUUCCUUCUUUUCUUCAUAGAUGGUGCAUCUGCUAUAUCUACGGAAGAUAUUCAGUGGUGUUAUUAUGUGAUUUAUGAAAAUAUUGGUCAAACAGAUGACGGAAAAAUUAAAUACGGAUUUAUUGGUUACAUGACAGUUUAUAAGUUUUAUGCUUAUCCCAAAAAUCUUCGACCACGUGUUAGCCAAGUUCUGAUCCUUCCACCUUUUAGAAACAAUGGCCAUGCUACACAACUUUUACAAACUUUUUAUCGUGAUUUUGUACCAAUGUCUAAUGUCAUUGAUAUAGCAGUUGAAGACCCAUCGCCUGAAUUUCAGCGUAUUAGGGAUUUAUUGGACUGCAAACGGUGCUUGGAAACCCCAGAAGUAAUGCAAACUAUAACACAGUCUAAUUGUGUGAACGGACAAAUUAUUAGUGAGAAGUCUUCUGCAAUACGCUUCCGAGAAAUUUCAAGGACAAAGUUAAAACUAAAUCGUUGUCAAAGUCGACGAGUGUAUGAAAUUCUUCGAUUGUUUUUGUUGCCUCGUACAGAUGAAUAUGUAAAGUCUUUUUCUGACGCAUUAACUAAGCGUGCCACUGCAUACUUUCAGGUAUGUUGUAUUAUUGUAUUUGUAUAUUUGAACUCAUCCUUGAGUAAAUUCAACGUUAAUGAUGGUUAUCCCACGUAUUCAUGAUGAAAUAGAUAUGGUUCACUAUAAUAUCAAAUUAUUUACUACAAUCACUUGGUUUUUCUCAAUAAAUAGACAUUAUUAGGAUUUGUAUAAUUGUCGUAAAGUUUGAUAAUUUCCAUUUUAGAGCUGUUUACUAUUCUUUCAGAAAAUUGAGUAGCUAAUGAUGAAGUUGUUGUUUUAUAUAACAAAGCUUCUUUCAAAAACAACGGGUUCGACCAGAUGCUAUGCGAGGGUCUUCUUUGGUACCUAAAACAAGUGGUCCUUCUUCUUAUAAUCCAUUGAAAAAGGCAUUUGAUGAAGCUGCGGACGAAUAUUUUGAAAGUCAACUGCAUGAAGAAGUUUCUACCUUGUUGAAAAACUAUCAAGACAUUGUAUAUAAACUUGAUCGUUUCAUUUCUUCACUUAAAAAGCAGUCGUAAUUAGUGUUGUGUAAGAUGUUCCCUUGUGUUGUUUUCCUCCUGAAAAGAGUAUUGUACCAAGAUUUUUACUCAGUAAAAAUUGUAUUUUGUUGAACAUGUUCCAAUUUAGAAUUGUUACGAUGAUGAGCCUCGCAUGUUUAUGUACGAUAACCAUAAAGUUAUUGGAUAACUUCGUUAGGAGCUGUAAUCGUCAUGAUUUCGUAUGCUCAAAGUUAAAAUAGGCUGAGGGAAUCUUUUAACGUUUUUUUGAGACUGAUAUUUAACUUCGAGCCUUAUAGUAAUUAAAAAUUUACAAGUAGAUGAUCUGUGGCAUUAUGUAUAUGAAAACUGUGUAUACGUGACUACUGAUAUUUUAUAUAUAUGCACGUGGCUUUCUAUUGUUUAACUUAUUGGUUUCAAAAUUGUCAAUGGUAAAACGAUCAUAUCUGCUUCGAUUACGCUGUGUACUGCGUUUCUUAACUUCAUCACUUUACUAUAUUCCUGUCAUAUUCAAGAAGAUAGACAUUCCAACUACUGUAGUUUAAGUUACAUUGAUAUAUUAAUCUACUAUAAAGCCC